AUGCAACUCAUCAAGGCUACCGCAAUUCUUGCCCUCGCCGCCAGCUUGGCCGCUGCAGCCCCGGGUUCAAAGGCUAGUAGCGCGGAAAAGCGCCAGACCACCGAAUUUGGCCCUUAUCCCGAGGACAAGUAUUCUGAGAAGAAGCGUCAGACGACGGAGUUUGGUCCUUAUCCCGAGGAUAAAUACACCGAGAAGAAGCGUCAGACUACGGAGUUUGGUCCUUAUCCUGAGGACAAGUACACUGAGAAGAAGCGUCAGACGACGGAGUUUGGUCCUUAUCCUGAGGACAAGUACACUGAGAAGAAGCACGACGGAGUUUGGUCCUUAUCCCGAGGAUAA